CUGACGUUAGGGAAGUGAAAAACUGAUCUAGAUUAGACUAGAAUUCUUGUUUCGUGAAGAAAGGGGUGGAAAACUUUAAUAGUAAACCCGACAUUGUGAAAAAAAAGUUCCAAGGAAUUAUAAUAUUCUCUGUAAAUCAACGAGAAAUCCAUUGACUGCUGUUGGUGAAAAAGAUUUUUCAUGAUGGAAAUUUCCGAUAGCGGGGGAGAAGUUAGAAUGUAUGACGACCCAAAGAAAAUUGUUCCUCCUCAGAAUCUUGAUGAAUUAAUUAAAGAACUGCACAAAGUGUUUGCAAGUGAUCAUGUUAACGUGGAAUACGUGACCCAAUUAAUGGCAUCGUACAAGAGUAAUCCUAAAGACUGGAAAAAAUUCGCAAUUUUUGAUUUGCAUAGGUACACAAGGAAUUUAGUGGAUACGGGAAAUGGAAAAUUCAACCUGAUGGUUCUCUGUUGGAACACAUCCCAGGGUUCUUCGAUCCACGAUCACGCGAACGCUCACUGUUUUAUGAAGGUCCUGGAUGGGCAUGCUCAGGAGGAGUUAUUUGAAUGGCCGUCGGAAAGCGAGGAUAUGGUCAGCAUGACACCCAAAGGAAAAAAUUUGUACAAACGAAAUGAGGUGGCUUACAUAAGUGAUGAAAUAGGGCUACAUCGCGUAGAAAACCCAAGUCACUCUGACACGGCAGUCACGCUUCACCUGUAUUCUCCACCCUUCAGCGAAUGCCAGAGUUUUGACGAGAGAACAGGAAAUGCCAACAAAGUUCAGGUCACCUUCUGGAGUCAGUACGGAAAAAGGACACCUUGUGCUAAAUUACCAAGUUCCUGUGUACCUGAGAACAAUUAAACCUCCUCACAUUGAAGAACUCCAAGGGGGAACAAUCCAUGUUUGGUUUCAAAUUAAUCUAUUAUGGUUUAGAGCCUUUGUUUUCCUUUGUAAAAGGAAUUGCUGUUUAAUUUGCUCAGAAAUUACAAAUGUAUUGCAUUUAUUCAAGAUUUGAUAAAAUAUUGCAUAAUGUUUUUUGUGAAAAAAAAACUUCUGUAUUAGUGUUACAUGUAAAUAUUGUACAAUACGAAUUCAUGAUUUUUUUAUAUGCCAAUUUUUUUUUUUAUUAAAGAAUGUUUGCAGUAAAUUUUAUAUUUAAACAGCACCAUAUCUGUAUUUUUCUAUUAAUUUCUUUCACAAGAUCAUUCAAUGAUUUUUU